AUGGCAGCGUACUCCAUACGAAACCAGCUCAAAAGGCUCCAACCAUCACCAGGAGUCAAAAUGCCGGCUCUCGACGAACUUGUACAACUAUGUACCGAAACAGGCGCGCCAGUCUCACAUAUUGCCUACCCAUCCGACCGUCCGGUGUUCUGGAUCAAGUACGGGGACGGCAUCGACUGGAGCGAGGUCGUCGCACAAGACGUAGCGCAUCAAGAGCUCCAGCAUUUAGACACGAGCGUGCGAGCACCUGGGAUUUUCUGUGCUUACGAGAUCGAAACCCGUCAGACCUAUCAAGAGGAUGUUUAUAUCCAGGCCAAGACUUUUAUCAUCAUGGAGUACAUGCCAGGCAGGACAGCAAAGGCGUACAUCGAACAACAACCGCAGAUGGAACACACGGUCUAUCAGUUGAUCGCAAGAGCGAUUAUGAUGCUCAACCAGGUUCCUGUUCCUUCAGACAAGGCCCCCUCCUCAAUCAGCGGGGGUCGUAUACGGCACACCAUUUUCGGGGAUAAUGUUCAAGCGCCUCGUACAUACAAGACCGUACAGCAACUACAGGAUCAUUUCAACUUGUUUUUGGCUGGAACCAAGAACCCUAGACAAUUCUCAGACCUCGCGAAAGAACCACUGAUAUUCUGUUACUCCGACAUACAUCUUGACAACUUCAUCAUUGAUGACCGGGAUCAAAUCAGCGUCGUCGACUUCGCCGAUACGAGCUAUCUUCCGUCCAGUUUCCAGAAGUUUGACCUGCUCGGAACUAGAGAGAAGUUGGGGUUUGAUUUGACGGCUAUUGUCAAGACACCAGCUACCCAGGGCAUUGAUAAUACAGCCGUCUUGUUUGAAACAUAUCCCUCACUUGUUGUUAGCUUUUCUUCGUUUGUCAAAGCAGGGAAAAUGAUGCCUUGA